GGCGUAUUAAAAGCAAAGAUAUAGUACAACAAUAAUUUUGAACAUACAUUAAUUAUAUGUGAUCAAAUUUACUAUUCAGCAACACACUCUGUGUUUUUAACUUACACAGUUGCUGCAACGGCCAACAUACCACACAAUGCAUGUCAAUCGGGUCACGUGCCGGCCGUUAAACAAAGCUCUGGAUAGCUUCAGUUUCCUGGAUUUCAUCAAAACGUACAACACAUAUAUUUACACGGCGCACAGCUCCUUAAUACAAAUUUUACAGCUGUUACUACCUAAUAUCUAAGGUUAACUUGGAUAGUCCGAAGUAUUCAACCUGGGCAGCUCAGCACUAAGCUCCAAUUGCAUAAAAAAACAAAGCCAAUUCGCCAACAAUGCCUACUGCACGAACCGGCAUUCUCUUACCGGUAGCCUACCGCCUCUUCUUCCUUGUGAUAGAGCCAAUCUCAGCCCUAGCUGGCGCUUUCAUGUGUCAGAUCCGACAACAGCACUACCUGCAGCUACUCCACGAUGCGUCGUCACCCGCCAACGAAGUCCCCGUUGGCACAUCUGUUGCCAUGUCGCAGCUCGCCAAUAUGUACUUCUUCUUUGCUAUCAACGAGGCUCUCGUACUCCGAUCAACUUGGGACAUGCGCGUCUGGAGAACGGUGCUGCUUGUUCUACUGAUUGCCGACUUUGGGCACCUAUACUCGAUGAAGGAGCUAGGGCCGCUGGUGUACUACAACGUAACGGGGUGGAAUAUGAGCGACUGGGGCAAUGUUCCGUUUGUUUACCUAGGUGCUACCAUGAGAAUAUGUUUCCUGCUUGGUGUCGGCAUGGGUGAGCGCAAAGUUAGCAAGAGAGAGUAAGCGGUGAAGAGGUGUUAUUUGGGGUAAAAGCUGUAACAAUAUACCACGAUACUGAAUGCAUUUGAUACAAAUAAUAUAACCCUACGUAUG